AUGCACUCUCACCCCACAGUGCGAUUCACGGAACCACUGGUGACUGACAUCAUCGACAUGGACAUUGACGAUGCUAGUCAAGCACAAUCGUCAACAAGCUCGACAGAUCUGUGGAUGAGGGAGGAAUGGCCAAUGUUCGAUGACUUGUAUCUUGGGCUGGACAAUGAGGUGGAGUAUGAAUCCAUGCCCCCGCACAUCAGUCAGGAGCUAUAUCUCGGCCUGGAAGACGACUUCGAUGGUGGGAUUGGUGUGCCUGAGCCGUCCCACCGCGCGAGCAGUGAUCCCCCGGGCCAAGCCAUCAGUCUGGCACUGUACCUUGGGCCAGAAGAGAUGUCCGAUGAACCCAUGGAAUAUUCACCUCCGGCCCUCGACAACGAAGAGCUCCAAGCUAUGGUUCAGGAGUUCCGGCCUUUUGGGUCAUAUCAUGACGUGGGAUUGCAGAAUCUUCAAACCCAACUGGCCGACUUCACAACUACUCACGGAAACCUUCCAGAGCCGUCCAUACCGCAGCUCCUGGAGGCAGAGCGACCAUUUCGAACUGCUUGGGCGGAGACAUCUGACAAGCUGGCACGGGCCGAUCAGGAGCUUCAAAGGAUGCAGAGGGCUGAGUGGGACCAAGGACCUCCGACUGAAUACCAAUGGCUGAUUACCGACAGCCAAGUGCCGACAACCAAGUACCGACAGCCAAUUGCGGAUGACCGACCAUCGACUGCCAACAUCUGGUCAUUGGCAGUUGAUGGUCGGUCGUCAGCAAUCGGCCGUCAGUACUUGGUCAUCGGCACUUGGUCAUCGGUAAUCAGCCAUUGGUAUUCAGUCGGAGGUCCUUGGUCCUCGGCAGUCAAUCGUCAGUACAUAGUCUUUGGCAGUCGAUAUUUGGUGCUCGGUCGUCGGCAGUCAGUCGUCGGUAAUAGGCCGCUGGUAUUCGAUCAGCGGUGCUAA